AUGUCGGCCGUCGUCGUUGGAAGUGGAGCUCUCGCUGAAACCAUGGUUGGCAUGUUGAGCGCCGCCGGAAAACGCGUUGCCAUGUUGGCGCCAAGCGCGAAAAUUCAAGAAGGGAAUUUCAAGGCGCAAGUGAUCAAGAGUAUUCUUCAAGACGAUUCGGAGAAGAAGAUCCCAUUCGAAUUUGUGGAUGACAUUCGUCAGCAACAAAUUAUGGCAAAAAGGAACUUCGACAAGAUUCUGAUCACUACCAACUUGUCCAAAAUUGAUGAAUAUGAUCAAAUCAUUGAUGCCACUUCUGCUGACGAGACGGCUCUUCUUCAUCACACCAUCGCGGCCCUUCCGCAAGCGACAUUGAUAUCUAUCGAUGAGAAGAGCCCCAUCAAUGAUCAUCAUGUUUUGCUCAAGUUGUACAGUCCGAUUAUCGAAACGAAAAUGGUUACGAUGAGACCAAAUGCUAACACCUCAAGUGAGACUAUCGAGCAGGUGCGACAACUUCUCGAUUCCAUGGGAUUCACUGUAUUGAGCAAGGAAGAUUCGUUGGUGGCUGAUCGAUUGGUUAACGAUAUGCAGGAAGCUGAAAAAUCGACGCCGCUUUCGAAGUUGGUGUCGGUGUUGAUGCAUCCGAUGAAUGAAGAAAACAUUCAGCCGAUUCAGAAGGAGCAAUUCCAGAUUUACCAUUAA